GAAUAAUGAAAAAACUGAUAGCUGCCCCUCCCUCCACUCUUCCUUGUUCUGCUGUAAUUGACUGCCACAGAAACUUGUUUUCACUAUGGCUUACAACAGGAAGAAAGCUAGGCCGAUCAGGAUUACUUCACUCUUUCACAAUCAGUUCAAAGCCCUGUUGCGUAGAAGCAAAGCAACGGCGAUCAGCUAAUUACCACCCUAGCAUUUGGGACCCAAAAGUCAUUGAAUCCUUGACCACUCCAUAUUCGUAUGAGUUUCAUGGUACUAAAUUAAAGGAGUUGAAGAAAGAGGUUACAAGUUUGCUGGCAUUUGCCCCAGACCCUUGGGCUACAUGGAAGCUAAUCGACCUAAUGCAGCGUUUAGGUGUGGCCUACCAUUUUGGCAAAGAGAUUGAUGAGGCUCUAAACAAUGUCCUUAAAGAAACUGUAAUCGGAGAUCUUUAUACAACUUCACUGCUGUUCCGGAUUCUACGUGAACAUGCUUUUCCAAUAAGCACAGACGUGUUCAACAAAUUCAGAGGUAGAGAUGGGAAAUUCGUGGACAGUUUACGAGGAGACAUGGCAGGGCUUUUGAGUUUGUAUGAAGCUUCACACCUUGGAAUGCAUGGAGAAGAUGUUAUGGAAGAGGCCCAGAAAUUCAGUGCAGAGCAUCUCAAGUCCUCAUUGGGGAAGAUAGGUAGUAAUUUAGCUUUCCAAGUGCAACAGUCCCUACAAGUUCCUUUACAUUGGAAGAUGCUCCGGAUUGAGGCAAGGACUUUCAUAGAUGUCUACCAAAAGGAUGACUCGAAGAACUCAAUUUUGAUUGAGCUAGCCAAGCUAGAUUUCAAUCUUGUGCAAGCAGUUCACCAGCAAGAACUCAAAGAGUUGGCGACGUGGUGGAGAGACUUAGGGUUUAAAGAGAAGAUGAGUUUUUCACGGGAUCGAUUGAUGGAAAAUUAUAUCUGGGCAAUGGGAAUCAUCUUCGAGCCUCAAUUCUCCAAAUGCAGGAUUUACCUCACCAGAUUCGUAUGCAUUUUAACCGCGAUUGAUGACAUGUAUGAUGUAUAUGGAAUGCUGGAUGAACUUGAACUCUUUACCAGAGCAGUAAAUCAAUGGGAUAUUGGGGCCAUGAAGGACCUUCCUGAAUAUAUGAAGCCAUGCUACUUAGCCUUGUUCAACUUUGUUAACGAAUUGGGACAUGAUAUCCUAAUAGAUCAUGGAUUGGAUAUCACCCACUACAUUAGGCAAGAGUGGAAAAAACUUUGUGCAUCAUAUUUAACUGAAGCGAGAUGGUUUUACAACGGGCACACACCAGUCCUGGAGGAGUAUUUAGAAAACGCAUGGAUCUCAGUGGGUGGCCCUGCAGCCAUAGUUCAUGCUUAUAUUUUACAAGCAGGCUCAAUGACAGAAAAAUCUCUUGAUUAUUGCUUCAAGCAUGGGGUUGAGCUAAUAUAUUGGUCGUCCCUAAUCACCCGACUUGCCGAUGAUUUGGGUACUUCCAAGGCCGAGAGUGCUAGAGGAGACGUGGCAAAAUCAACAGAGUGCUACAUGAUUGAAACAGGAGCGUCCAAAGAAGAAGCAAGAGAUCACAUUAAGGAAUUGAUGGCUCAUUCAUGGAAAAAGUUAAAUGAGGAAAGCUACAAAAAUUUACUACCAAGAUCCAUGAUAAACAUGUGCUUAAACAUGGCACGCACUGCUCAGUGCAUCUUCCAGCACGGAGAUGGAAUUGGAACAUCAACCGGAGUGACAAAGGAUCUUUUGAUGUCACUCAUUGCCGAACCUAUCACAGCUGAAUAGGUCCCUCGUCUUUUGAACAGAGACGAAUAAAAUUUGUUUCUUGAGGUUCUAUUAUUCUUAAGUUAAUAUUGUUCAUUCUUCUUGUUCUUUUAUCUUUUCCUCUUUCUUCAAGUUCAAAAGCACUCUAAACCUCUAAUAAAAUUAAAUUGUUAUCA